CACUGUCCUUCGUUGUCCCUGGAUCUCUUCGAAGUUCGAGCAACAAUGUCAGCACUGGUACUGCUGGUGUCAAAGAUCUGAGCCACACCUUUCGCAGCAUUCGUUUGUUUCUUUCUUGCGCCUCGUCGCAAUUCUCACGAUCCUUUCUGCAUCAGGAGGACGCAAACUCUUGCGCUAUCACAUCAGAGGAUAGGCCCUCAGCAUUGUCCUUCGACUUCUCUCUCCUCCUUUCUUCAAUCUAGCUGGCAGCACUAGAAAAGAGUUCGGACGGGCCUUCUCUUUCGGCUAGUAACAUUAGGGGUUGACGUCGAUGUUUCUUUCUUCAGACGUUCAGGCUUCAGACAUCCCCAUGCGGCACCUCUGAAGACCCCUCCAGCACAACUAGUCGAACAUUUGAUUGAGGAUAGCUGCCAGCUAUAAGUAGUUGGUGGUGGUUCCGCAGCGGUUAUUCAAUUGUCACCUGGUGGUCACUGAGCGGGUUUCCAUAAUGGGGUGCGCCACCUGGAGCAUCAAAUGGCUCAACAUUCUGACACUGCUUCUGUCGCUGCCCAUUAUCGGCUUUGGGAUCUACCUGGCCGUCGCAAGCACCCCCCAGUGCUACCGCUUCUUCAUGUACCCAGUGCUGAUCCUUGGGGUGCUCCUCCUAUUCCUGUCGCUCCUGGGCAUCGCCGGAGCAUGGACCCACUCCGCCUGCUUCCUCUGGAUCUACGGGCUCCUGAUGGCGAUCCUGUGGCUGGCGCUUCUCGCCUUCACCAUCUUCUCUUUCAUUGUCACGAAUGACGGGGCGGGCAAGGAGCUAGCCGGGCAAGGCGUGCUCGAGUAUCGGCUGCAGGACUACUCGGCGUGGCUCCAGAAACAAGUGGAGAAGCCCAGCACGUGGCGGUCCAUCAAGUCGUGCCUGCAGGAGAAGGGCUACUGCCAAGACUUUCCCCAGCGCUUCCCGACAACGGACAUCUUCCUCGCAAACCUGGGCAACCUGAGCCCCAUCGAGUCGGGUUGCUGCCGGCCUCCGUCCUCGUGCGGCUUCCCGAUCAUCACCAGCACGUCAUACGACACCACCACCCCCCUGGGUAACGACACGGACUGCCUGACAUACAGCAGCAACAUCCAACAGGAGUGCCUCGACUGCAACUCGUGCCGGGCGGGCUUCCUUCAAGAGUUGAAGGGCAAGUGGAAGAUCGUCGCGAUUGGGAACUCGGCGAUCCUUGCCCUAGUGUUGGUCGUUUGGUGCGUUUCUUGCGGAGCCCGUCGGGAGGCCAAGCGGUAUAAGGACGAGGACGAGCUGAUGCCGAUCUGGAACCGGAACAAGCAUAACGACGAUCUGUGAGCCGUCCAAGGGGGUACCGCGAGCAUUCCGGCUGCUCUUGCAGGAGCGGAAUGCAAGUAGUUGCGACACAGAAAGUUGUGUUCAGUAUUGUAAGGCCUGCAACCGAAGUGGUACAGCCCUCUGCGGAGCGGAAUAGUCCUCGUCCCUUUCGUAGCUCGUGAAAGGUCCAAGUAAGUACAUGCAAUACUGUGUUCAUCCCAGAUCCAUAGACUACCAUACUUUUAGGAAAUUGUGAACAUGAAUCUGAUCGGUAAUUUAUAUCUAUCCGCGUGUACUCUGCACUUAAGUUUGCUAUAGGUCCUAUUGAAAUGGGGGUUAGCAAACUUUGGGGCCCUGCCCGAGGCAGCAGCCUUCAUGCAGUGGGCCAAUUUACUACGGACGGUUGAAGAAAGCCUAGCAUGCAUUUUGAAGCAGAUCGACCGUGCUUUUGAAUUCAGCCG